CUGCAUCGUCCUCCCCACCUCCUUGCGAGGGUUGAAGCGUAUGCGAGCGAGCGAGCGAGCGUGCUGACUGCGCGCCGGCUUAUUCCCCGGCCGUGCUACAGCCUCCGGAGGGUGCCGCCGCCGCCGCCCCGCACCUCCUUUCGCCCUAGUGCCCGCCGCCGCCUUCUCCCUCCCGUCUCCACCCUCCGCGUUUAUUUCAUGAGGCUCUUCUGAAGAAAGAGACGGACCAAACCAGCUGCGGGGCACGUCCACGGUUUUUCUGUCCGCGUGUGUGUGUGUGUGUGUGUGUGUGGAUAACACCUAUACACACACACAUUUCCACAUAUAACACACGUUUUUACCAUCCCCGGGUUUUGGCUCUCUCUCCAACCCUGCCUGGUACCUCAGCCGCCGCCGAGGAGGAGGAGCAGUAGCAGGAGAGAAACAUGGCGAAAACAGAGCAGGUCCUGAAUCUGGAACCGCAGCACGAGCUCAAAUUCAAAGGCAGUGUAUGGCACCCUAGAUGAUUCUGCAUACACAGCUCCAGCCAUCUUUGACCAUUGGUUAUGCUACCUGAUAGGAGUUGGACUCCCUGUCCCUUCACAGACGUUGUCACCACAAAUCUGAAACUUGGCAAUCCUACAGACAGAAAUGUCUGUUUCAAAGUGAAGACCACAGCGCCUCGCAGGUACUGUGUAAGGCCCAACAGUGGGAUUAUAGAUGCAGGAACGUCAAUUAAUGUCUCUGUGAUGCUACAACCUUUUGACUAUGACCCUAAUGAGAAAAGUAAACACAAGUUCAUGGUUCAGUCAAUGUUUGCACCCCCUGAUACUUCAGACAUGGAAGCAGUAUGGAAAGAAGCAAAACCAGAAGAACUCAUGGAUUCAAAACUUAGAUGUGUAUUUGAGCUGCCGGCAGAAAAUGAAAAACCCCAUGAUGUAGAAAUAAAUAAAAUUAUAUCCACAGCUGCAACAAAGACAGAAUCUUCUGUAAUGUCAAAAUCAUUAAGUUCUUCUUUGGAUGACACUGAAGUUAAGAAAGUAAUGGAAGAAUGCAAGAGGCUUCAGAUAGAAGUGCAGAGGUUACGAGAGGAGAAUAAGCAAUUUAAGGAAGAAGAUGGACUGCGGAUGAGGAAGGCACCCCAGACAAACCACCCAACCUUUGCUUCAGCAGCGGCUGUGAAGGAAGAAGGGCUGAGCACUAGACUACUCGCGCUGGUGGUUUUGUUCUUUAUUGUUGGCGUAAUUAUAGGGAAAAUCGCCUUGUAGAGGCAGCAUGCCAAGGAUUGUAAAUUGGAUUGACGGAUCUGCCAUAUCAUUGGAUUAAAUUUAUUCAUAACAAAUGUUUAAAAAAUGUAUGACAUCUCACAGGUCUUGCCUUUUAAAUUUUUACCCCUGCACAAAUAUAACAUUAACAUAACAUAAUCUUCUAGAAAGUUUAAAAUGAAUGAGGAGCAAGCAAGAAGAAAGAGAGAAAUUACCUUAUUUGUGAACAAUUGGGAAGAAAUCAUGUAUGUAACACUAAAAUGGUGCAUUGUUUAAAAAAAGUAACUUUAAACAUUUUUUGGACCUUAGUACUUAUUAAUGGACUUCUUUUCUUUGGUGGAAAAAAACACCGCCCAUUGAAGUUCAUCCUUCUGGCUACUUAGAGGUUGGCUUAUGCAGGCUAGGGCAGUGGUUCUCUGUAAAAUAGGAUAACCCACUAUUUCUCCCCAUAAAUUUAACAGUUCUGUCCAGUGGGUGUGACUUAGGCCUCAGAAUCUCAGCAGUGUAACUCCCCAAGCAGCAGUUCAGUUCAUUCUGAAUGCUAGAAACAUGACCCUACAUCUUACGAACCCCAACUGUGGGACUGUGGUAGAUAGGGGCUCCAAGGGGAAAAGAAAUGGGCUUGGAGCCAUGUCCAUGAUCCAUAAGGGAGCCAGCAGCGCCAGGGCUGUUGAAUAGAUGGUGUUUCUGCCGCUGGUCCCAGCCGUUCUGUGCAUGGAAUGGUGUGAUCAAAACCUUUGGAAUUUUGGAACCAUGCUAAGACAGGUGAGGUCACCUGUGAGCUUGUUUGCUCCAUCUGGCUGACAGUGACGGGAACGAAUUGCUUGUCAUCGUUUGGAAACAUAGCCUGCUCAGUCAACAUUGCACCAGCAUGCUUGGAGUUGACCUGGGUGUAUGAUUUCCAUUUCUUCAGGCUUCGUAGGAAGGACUUUGUGCUGAACACCCUGACCCUCCCCCCCUGUUCAUAGUCCAGUCAGUUUCCUUCUGUCCGUCUUGUGUUCCAAUCCAUUUGGCAGUAUGUUCAUGGGGACCAUGUGUUUAUGUCUGCAUCCAUCACAUCUUUUUCCUACCCCCAGCCUUCCAUGUCCUCCAGUGAGACUUGCACCCACAAACUCCUACAGGCUUGGGCUCACACUGCAUUGCAUUCGCGUGUGCGUGCAUGCGCGUCAUCUGUUGCACAACCUCAUUUCCCUCUUUAGCUGCUGCCUUCGUAUGAAGCUUUUCAAGAUCAGGUUUCUGUCCUGAACCAGUCAAAAGGCCAUCAGGGAUUUAGCCUUGUGAACUCGAGGGUGAACAGAGCUCAUUUGGAUUCCCACUUCGUAGCACAACUUAGUUCAGUUUCAGCCAUGUUCUCUCUCUGUCCUCAGUGGCCGGUUUGAGAGGGAGACGAUGGUUUCCAUUUGCCCAUCAGCUGCUUAGUGGUGACUUCUGAAUGGAAAUCAUAUUGAGAAAGGCAGUGCCUCUUGGACUGCAACCCAUACUGAAAAAUAAAAGAAUCCAGGGACUUGUACAUGAAGGAACCUCUGGGUGUAGACCCAACUCUAAGUUGCCUAGUUAUCGUAUGUGUGGGAGGAUUGGUUCAGGCAAUGUUAGGAUGUCUCACAUUGGCUUCCACAGCUGGCGUCAGGAUAGUUAAGCAACGGAAAGCUCAAGGAAACGGAGUGCAGCUCCACUGCAAGAUAGACAAGUACCGCUGGACAGUCGUCUUGUGUGUCAGGUUGUAUGGAAUGAGGGUCAAUGCCGUGUUUGUCUAAAAGGGGACCAAGCAACCAUUGCUGUUGGUUCAUGUAGCUGAGUUAAACUCUUAUAUCCAGAUGUUUAAUGCAUAUUUAACUUAUUUAAUGUAUUUCAUCUCAUGGUUUUCUUUUAUUGUCAUGGAAAUUUGAUUACUGCUAUAAAUGGUUAAAAAAGGAAGGAAAAAGGCACCUGUUCAAAGUGGGUGAAUAGAACUACAUUUUUCUUUUUAUUGCUGUCGUGGUGAUGGAUUCUUCUGCCUCCUAAUGCUUUGGGCACCACAUAAUUCUCCGUUCCGAUCAUCUAAACAUUGGGGGAAAGCAGCGGUCAGGAAACUGUUUUUGUAUAUAAAAUAAGUCUAUGUAGGGGAAAAAUUAGUAGGAAUUAGUUCUAUGCUGUUAAAAAGACCAAUCCUGUUUGACUAUGUAGCAUCUUUAAAAAAUCAAAUAAAUCUACCCCCCAAGUUAA